UUGAAGUGACAGUAGAAGCUGCUGAAGAUCUCCUCAGAUACUGACGAUAAGGAGAAAGGCUGUAGAAAGAGAAAGGAGGGACGCAGCCUUCUGUUAAAUCAGCUCCAGCGCGCAUCGGCGGCAGUAAAGGGCACAAUGAGCGUCCCGCUUUACGCACCGACCCCGAUCCAGCCGGCUCACCCGACCCCCUUCUACAUCGAGGACAUUCUGGGGAGGACUGUCACCACCUCCUCUCCUUCUUCUUCCUCAUCCACCUCCUCCUCUUGCUCCACUCCAGUCAUCCCCACCCCGACUCUCCCUUCGCCCAACUCCUCCUUCACAAGUUUCAUCUCGCCGUACCGGACCCCGAUUUAUGAGCCCACACCGAUCCACCCGGCGCUGUCUCAUCACGCAGCAGCGGCUCUGACGGCGACGUAUGCCUCCACCGCGACCUUCGCCGGGUCCAUCUACCCGUUCCACCACCAGCACCACCGCUCCAUGGGGGAGUACGCGCAGGCGCUGCUCAGACACGACCCUCUCGGGAAGCCUCUGCUGUGGACCCCCUUCAUCCAGCGGCCCCUGCACAAAAGAAAAGGCGGUCAGGUCCGGUUCUCAAACGACCAGACCAUCGAGCUGGAGAAGAAGUUUGAGACGCAGAAAUAUCUCUCUCCUCCGGAGAGGAAGCGCCUGGCCAAGAUGCUGCAGCUCAGCGAGAGACAGGUUAAAACUUGGUUCCAAAACCGACGAGCGAAGUGGCGCAGACUGAAACAGGAGAACCCUCAGGGUGGUAAGAGGGAUGUGGAGGGGGACAGCUCGGCUGGGAGGAGCAACAAAGCAGAGGAGACUACCGAGUCCUCCGGGAUCGAGAGCCCGGCGCACAGACACACAGCCCCGGCCUCAGAGUUGUCACAGAGCGGCCGUGAGGUGCGCUCCGCAUCCCCGAAAGACACAGAGCUGGACUCUGACGUGUCGGAGGAUACAGACCAAGAGCUGGACAUAGAGGACGACACCGAGUUCAAUCUGAACCCUUAGUUCUGACUGAGCCACUACGGGACCCUCACCUAUAGCCUAUACCGGACCCACUGGGACACUAAAGGAGCUGAUGCUGAAGAUCUUUGGAUCCUCUGACACUUUCCAUUCAGCCUCACUGGACUCUUUCUGCACAGACACGACGACAGACAUGUGGACGGACUGGUUCCUGAUGUCAUAUUUAAAUAUAAAUAAAUCUCUAAAUCAACUCUCACCACGCAGACCAUUCUCCACGCAGGACAGUCAUCUGGUUUCUCUUCGUGUCUGUGUCUCUGUAAAUAACCUGAAGGCCUUUCUCUUGUACUGUAAAGUGUUUGAAUGAUGAAUGCUCUUAAGACCAUUGACAGGUGCCUUAAAAUGUGAUAUUCAAUGAUGGACAGUAAUGUUUCGUUUAUAUGUAAUAAACCAUGUUUGUUUUAA